AUGCCCAUCUUCACCUCAUGUAGGGCCCAAUGGAGUAGGAGUACAUUUCUACACAGACCUCGUUUUCACUUUACACAGUUGCGAUACAAGUCAAUAGUAUCUUCUCCUGCAGGAACAACCUUGAGUAUUGGCCACACAAACCCGUCCAGUCCAAGGAUCGCUCGUCAACGUUUCCCUUUAGGGAAUAAAACAUCCGCAUGUCUCAUUGCAUUGACAACAGGAGCAAUUUUAUACAAUGUUAAUGAUCCAUUCAGACAUGUUGUUCUGGCUUUGAAGAGAAUGGCCAUCGCAGGGGCAGCCGUCACUUUUGUUGGUAUUGAUUAUAAAUAUACCAUGGACACCUUGGAUCGCAAUCAAAAUUUUAGAAAGGGCAGUCUAGAAGGUGAGGCGGAGCGAGCACGUCACAUGAGUGAGCUUCAUACGCGGAGUGCUGUGCGAUUAAGAGAAAUGCUUAGGAGAAACGGAGGCAUUUACAUCAAACUUGGACAACACUUAGCCAGCAUGACAUAUCUGCUUCCGGAUGAGUGGACAACAGCAAUGGAACCCUUGCAGGACCGCUGUGCUCCAUCUUCUUUUGAAUCGGUCCAGAGACUUUUCUUGAACGAUCUAGGCCAACCAUUAUCCGCCUUCUUUUCAUCGUUUGAUCUAGAGCCUAUCGGCGUUGCUUCAUUGGCUCAGGUGCACCGGGCUAGACUCUUGGAUGGUCAGGAAGUGGCGGUCAAAAUCCAGCAUCCUGCACUGCAAGAAUUUUCGGCAAUCGACAUCAAAACCGUUGCGUUUCUUACUAAUGUUGUAGCGAAUAUCUUUCCAGAUUUUCAGUUCAAGUGGCUGAGCGAUGAGAUGGAGACUAGUCUACCAAGAGAGCUGAAUUUCAACAUCGAGGCUGCCAAUGCGGCACGGGUUGAUGCUAACUUUUACAAGGCUCGUGCAGAAGGAAGUCCAUCAACCAUCAAAAUCCCAGAGGUCAUUUGGUCAAAGAAACGAGUGCUAGUCAUGGAAUUCAUUCAUGGUUCAAGGAUCGAUAACUUGCAGUACCUUAAGGAUCAUAACAUUGAAGUGUCGGAGGUGUCAAAUGAGAUGGCCCGCACCUUUUCGCAGAUGAUUUACAAGGAUGGGUUUGUACAUUGUGAUCCUCAUCCUGGUAAUGUCCUGAUUCGACCCAAACCGACUGGAUCUCCCUCUCCUCGUAACUUUGAGAUUAUCUUGUUAGACCAUGGACUUUACCGCGAGCUUACACCAGAGUUCAGGCUCAACUAUGCUCGUCUCUGGACUGCCAUUAUUGCUUCGGACGAGAAGGAGAUCAAGUACCGUGCUUUGAAGGUUGGGGGAACAGAGGCUUACAAACUGUUCUCUAGUAUCCUUACAGGUCGUGACUGGUCGGUCGUUAAAAAUGCUCAGCUUACUAAGAAGGCGCGUGGCAAGGAUGAGAUGAUCGCAUUAGCAGAUGGAACUGGUUACGCAAUUGCUGAGAUUGCACAGAUUCUGGCAAGGGUCCCUAGGGAGCUAUUGCUUCUAUUCAAAACCAAUGAUCUGCUUCGUGCACUGGACGAGGAUCUAGGUGCGGAUGAUGGAUCGCAGAUGAGGACAUUUGCAGUGAUGGGACAAUAUUGUGCACAUGCCAUCUAUGAAUCGAACAAGAUGUCAAUCCAAACGCAUCUGAAUACAACCAAACUGACGAUUGGCCUGGCCACAAGGAUCGUACGUUACUGGAUUGAAUCUUACUGUAGUUAUAUGUUUACAACGCUUUCACUGGAUCUCUUCAUGUGGUGGAUUGACCUUGCACAAUCCAACUCUAUCCUUUAUCGACUUUUAUCAAAGAUCGAGAACCCUGUGCACUUUUAA